GUCGCAGGAAGAGUUGCGUGUGUGUUCAUGCGGCGUGAGUGAGUCCAUUCACCAUACAGAGCGUUUUCAGUGCGUUGAUUCACGGACUCCGCUUCAAUGGAUACCGACUUGUAUGAUGAGUUUGGUAACUACAUCGGGCCAGAACUGGACUCAGAUGAUGAAAAUGAUGAUGACAUGGGAAGAGACGACAGGGAUGCUGAAGUGGCUGAAGAAGAUGAGGAUGAUGAAUACAUGGAGGGUCCAGAUGAGGACCGUACAGGGAUGGAAGUUGUGCUUCAUGAAGAUAAAAAAUACUACCCCACUGCGGAGGAAGUAUAUGGCCCUGAAGUAGAGACCAUUGUACAGGAAGAGGACACCCAGCCCCUUACUGAGCCGAUUAUUAAACCGGUUAAAGCAAAGAAGUUUUCUAUGAUGGAGCAGGGUCUACCAACUACAGUGUAUGCAAUGGACUUCUUAGCUGAUUUGAUGGACAACUCUGAACUCAUUCGGAACGUGACCUUAUGUGGACAUCUCCACCACGGAAAGACCUGCUUUGUAGAUUGCUUAAUUGAACAAACUCACCCAGAAAUUCGGAAGCGUUAUGAUCAGGAUCUCUGCUACACAGACAUCUUAUUUACAGAACAAGAGAGAGGGGUUGGUAUUAAGAGUACGCCUGUGACCAUCGUUCUUCCCGACACAAAGGACAAAUCUUACCUGUUCAAUAUUAUGGACACACCAGGGCAUGUGAAUUUCUCAGACGAGAUAACUGCUGGAUUUCGGAUCUCCGAUGGGGUAGUGCUCUUCAUUGAUGCAGCAGAAGGGGUGAUGCUGAACACAGAGCGCCUGAUAAAGCAUGCAGUACAGGAACGCUUGGCUGUCACAGUCUGCAUCAACAAGAUAGAUCGACUCAUUCUUGAGCUUAAGCUGCCUCCCACAGAUGCCUAUUACAAGCUGCGACACAUCGUGGAUGAGGUUAACGGCUUGCUGAGCAUGUAUUCGACAGAUGAAAAUCUUAUUCUUUCCCCCCUCCUUGGGAAUGUGUGCUUUGCCAGCUCCCAGUACAGUAUCUGUUUCACCCUCGGCUCAUUUGCCAAAAUCUAUGCAGACACAUACGGUGACAUAAAUUAUCAAGAGUUUGCAAAACGACUAUGGGGUGACAUCUACUUUAACCCAAAAACCCGCAAGUUCACCAAGAAAGCCCCAACCAGCAGCUCCCAGCGCAGUUUUGUAGAAUUUGUCCUUGAACCACUUUACAAGAUUUUGGCUCAGGUUGUAGGAGAUGUAGACACUACUCUACCACAGACCUUGGAAGAGUUGGGGAUCCAUCUAACCAAAGAGGAAUUAAAAUUGAACAUCCGGCCUUUGCUUAGACUUGUCUGUAACCGCUUCUUUGGAGAGUUCACAGGUUUUGUUGAUAUGUGUGUCCAGCAUAUCCCUUCCCCCAAGGCCGGAGCUAAAGCGAAGAUUGAACACACCUACGCUGGAGGCAUUGAUUCUGAGCUGGGAGAGGGUAUGGGUGAAUGUGACUCUGAUGGACCCUUGAUGUGUCACACCACCAAGAUGUACAGCACGGACGAUGGUGUUCAAUUCCAUGCAUUUGGACGGGUGCUUAGUGGGACAAUCCAUGCUGGACAACCAGUAAAGGUACUUGGAGAGAACUACACACUGGAAGAUGAGGAGGAUUCCCAGAUCUGCAACGUAGGAAGACUGUGGGUGUCUGUGGCAAGAUACCACGUCGAAGUAAACAGAGUUCCAGCUGGUAACUGGGUGCUGAUUGAGGGGGUGGAUCAACCGAUUGUGAAAACGGCUACCAUCACUGAACCUCGGGGAAAUGAGGAGGCGCAGAUCUUCCGGCCGUUGAAGUUUAAUACCACGUCUGUGAUUAAGAUUGCAGUGGAACCAGUUAACCCAUCAGAGUUGCCUAAAAUGUUAGAUGGGUUGAGGAAGGUCAACAAGAGCUACCCUUCUCUCACUACCAAGGUUGAAGAGUCUGGUGAACAUGUUAUUUUAGGCACAGGAGAGCUGUAUUUGGACUGCGUAAUGCACGAUCUCCGAAAGAUGUAUUCUGAAAUUGACAUUAAGGUAGCAGAUCCCGUGGUCACAUUUUGUGAGACUGUGGUGGAAACGUCUUCUCUGAAGUGCUUUGCUGAAACACCAAAUAAGAAGAAUAAAAUCACAAUGAUCGCAGAGCCCUUGGAAAAGGGUCUGGCUGAAGACAUUGAGAAUGAAGUAGUGCAGAUUUCCUGGAACAGGAAGAAGCUAGGAGAGUUCUUCCAGACUAAAUAUGACUGGGAUUUGUUGGCUGCUCGUUCUAUCUGGGCAUUUGGACCAGACACCACAGGACCAAACAUUCUUGUGGAUGACACAUUGCCCUCUGAGGUUGAUAAGGCCUUACUGGGGUCUGUGAAAGACAGCAUUGUACAGGGAUUCCAGUGGGGGACAAGGGAAGGGCCACUAUGUGAUGAACUCAUCCGGAAUGUGAAGUUUAAGAUCCUCGAUGCUGUUAUUGCACAGGAGCCUCUUCACCGAGGAGGGGGUCAGAUCAUCCCCACUGCGCGCAGGGUGGUGUACUCUGCCUUUUUGAUGGCAACUCCACGUCUCAUGGAACCAUAUUACUUCGUAGAAGUACAAGCCCCCGCAGAUUGUGUGUCUGCUGUGUACACUGUUUUAGCCAGGAGAAGAGGUCACGUCACACAAGAUGCCCCCAUACCUGGAUCUCCUCUUUACACUAUCAAAGCGUUCAUCCCAGCAAUAGACUCAUUUGGUUUUGAGACAGAUCUGCGUACACAUACACAGGGACAGGCUUUCUCUCUCUCUGUCUUUCACCACUGGCAGAUCGUGCCUGGAGAUCCACUGGAUAAGAGCAUUAUUAUACGACCCCUGGAACCACAGCCAGCUCCACACUUGGCCCGCGAGUUCAUGAUAAAGACAAGACGUAGGAAGGGCCUGAGUGAGGAUGUAAGUAUCAGUAAGUUUUUCGACGAUCCUAUGUUGCUGGAAUUGGCUAAGCAGGAUGUGGUGCUAAACUACCCUAUGUGAGGGAAAUGAAUGGGAACCAUCAAAACAUCAGCAUAUUCUGGUCUUCAGUCUAUCAGAUGUCAUGCACCAUUCUACACUGGGUCACAACAGAAGUCUGGGUUAGUUGCCCCCUAGUCCUGACCUGGCUGAUAUCAUAAGACUAUUUUUUUUCCUGCUGAAGACCUGCUUAUGUGUAGAAACAUUGUGUUCCACUCAGUCAGAGGUACAAGAAGGUCCAGUGUUCUUAUUGCUUUUCUUACGGAACAGAAACGAAACUCUUAACCAUUAAAAGGUUAACAUGAUGAUGUGUACAUAUUGUUUAUUUUUACAUUUUAAAAUAAACUUUACAAUUACUUCCUG